ACACAUUCGUUAUCGCCUUUCGAAGUUAAAUCGUCAAUUUAUUAAUGUACUUCGCUUUGCGGUUCCUCAUGUAAAAGUAAAUUAAAAGCAGGAUGGAUUUCGAGAAAAUUUGUCGACUCUGUUGUGCAAGCAAUUGCCGGCUUCAAUCGAUUUAUACGACUUUUGGUAUUUAUUCAAUUAAGCAAUUAUUUGAGGACAUUUUGCGACUUGAGAUCUCAGCCGAUGAUGGUUUACCGCAAACGCUCUGUGAAACAUGUCUAUCUAGCUUGACUAAAAUGUUUGAAACCAUCAAGACCUUUCGGGACAACGAUCGUAUGCUUCGGUUGCAGCUAUGUGGAGUUGCAGGAUUGGCACAGAUCAAUAUUAAGGAGGAAGUUCUCUCCGAAGAAAGGGAACAAACCCCCACCCAUGAAUUACAAGAUGAUAUCAUUGAUGCAAAAAAUAUAUUGGUAAAGCAGGACGGUAGCGAUGACCAACAAUCUGAUGAUCUAAAAUCAGACCCUGAAAAUUUUGAUAAAGAAUGGUUUCAAUCCGAUACCGAAAAUUCAGACAUGCUUGAAGAAGAGAAAUCUACAAAAAAGCGCUCUCGGAAGAAACAAACGAAAAAGGGUAAAGUUGGUUCUUCAAAGAUGUCAAAAGGGCGUAAACGUAGACGCCCCAAGGCCCAGUUAGAAGAACCGAAUCGCCCACGCUUGAAUGACUUCAGAUGCUACAUUUGUAAAAGUGAUUCAUUGGGUACGCCUGAGGCUUUGCUAGCUCAUCUCAAUUCUCACAUGAAUGAAUUGCCCUACACUUGUACUGAUUGCGUAUUGGAGACGGUUGUCAUUAACAAAGUGUCGACGCUAAACAUUCACAAGCGAAUGCACGAGAAUCCGCACAAAUGUCCACACUGUGACAAACGGUAUAGUAAUAAAGGGGCCGUGGACACGCAUGUACAGACGCACCACUCCGGCGAUAAUGCGCCAUGUCCAUCGCCCUGUGAACAGUGUGGAAAGAUUUGCUCUUCCAAGGCAUCUUUGAAGCACCAUUUGAAAUGGCAUAGUAAUACAUCUACUUGCGAAUUUUGUGGUAAAAUGUUUCCUGAAAAACACAAACUUCGUCGACAUAUCGAACGGAAGCAUGAAAAAAUAAAGAAGUAUGAAUGUCAUUUGUGUCAAAAGAAACUAUGUUCCCUCGACUCGGUUCAGGUGCAUAUCAGAACGAUGCAUUCGACCAAGGAAGUGAAGUGUGAAUAUUGCCAUAAGAGCUAUCCUUCGGAGAUUUCCCUCCGUUACCACUUAAAAAAACAUGAACAAAAUCCGAAUGUCAAAUUCUCAUGUGGUUGGAAGAACUACUAUACUUUUGUAGAAACGGAAGAGGACACCAAACCCGAGAAUAGAAUGAAGAAAUGCAAUUUAUGUGGGGUUGUUGUCAAAUCGAUUGGACCUCACAUGCACGCGGUGCAUUUUCCCCAGGAAUUUCGUUGCAAUCUUUGUGAAGCGGUUUUCAAGCGUAAAGCAGCGUACGACAUUCACAUCCUGGAACAUGAACAUGGCAAGGCUCACCGAUGCCCAAUUUGUGGAAAGGAAUUUUCCGAGAGAAAGAAUUUAAUUGCCCAUCUAAGAACAAAGAAACACCGUGACCAUCCGAUGGCGAAAUCGCUUAACUUGCUGGGCAUACAAGGUGAACCUGGCGCAGGAUAUCAAGCGGGAAGUGAAGAAGAACUUAUGUAGACACACAUAAAGACAGCAGUUUCAUGUAAACAUGGUAUUUCAAUUAGAUUUAUAAUUAAAUAUACCUUUUUAAAUAUCCA